AUGGCGCUUUCUACUCCUCAUCCUCUUGAUCCUCUGACGGCACUGGAAGUGAGCCAGACGUCUGCAAUCAUAAAGAAAAUCUUGGGGAAUGAAGCCAGCGGUAUUCGAUUCAAGGUUAUUGAUCUCGCCGAGCCAUCCAAGGACCUCGUUCUUGACUACUUGCAUGCCGCUGCACCAGCCCCCCCUCGGAAAGCUCGAGUGUACUACCACACCAAAAACAACACCUCACUCAAGCGAUCAAUUGUCAACAUAACUACACAAUCAGUCGAGAGUGAUGAAGAGCUCCUUGGCCUUCAAGGCCCCGUCGAUUGGAUUGAGUAUGCGGCAAUAAACGACGCAUGCAACGCACACCCAAAAGUGCUCGCAGAAGUUGCGAAACUCAAACUCCCAAAAAGUGCGAGAGUCGUCAACGAUCCUUGGGCCUACGGAACAGAUGACCCGAACGAGGAGCGUCGCCUGUUCCAGUGCUACAUGUAUGCGGCAAUGAACGAUGAUCCUCAAGCGAAUCACUACUCUAUCCCUCUCCCUCUUGCGCCCAUUUUUGAUGCCCACACCCUCGAGCUUGUCCUUUUGGAGAAGCUACCUCUAGGGACUGAUACUACUUUGGACAACCCAACACAGCCUUGGGAGCCCGCCCAGGCAGUCGAGUAUAGCGCCGAGCUGCUGGGCGAUAACGCCAUGCGUCAAGACCUCAAGCCUCUUCAAGUGUUACAGCCACAGGGGCCUUCAUUCGAGGUCAACAACCGUGCAGUAUCAUGGCAAAAGUGGAGCUUCCAACUGGGCUGGAAUCUCAGAGAAGGCCCUGUACUGCACGAUGUACGCUACGACAAUCGGUCGCUGUUCUAUCGUGUUUCGAUGAGCGAGAUGACAGUUCCAUACGGUGAUCCGCGCUCCCCUUACCACCGUAAGCAAGCGUUCGACCUUGGUGAUUCGGGUUUCGGCCUUACCUCUAACAGCCUCGAGCUCGGAUGCGACUGUCUGGGUUAUAUCGCAUACUUCGACGGCAUUCGCAACACUGCCAACGGUGAUCCAGUGAUCAUGCGCAACGUCGUCUGCAUGCACGAAGUCGACGACGGCAUAGGGUGGAAGCAUACCAACUGGCGAAACGGAGGGGCCAGCGUGGUCCGAGACCGACAGCUGGUUGUCCAGUGCACUGCGACGGUGGCCAACUACGAGUACGUCCUCGCCUUCGUGCUGGAUCAAGCAGCCAACCUCCACAUUGAGGUGCGUGCCACUGGUAUCGUGUCCACCAUGCCAAUUCGUCAGGGUUCGCGGGUGCCUUGGGGCACCGUCGUAGCUCCUGGAGUGCUGGCUGCGAAUCACCAACAUCUCUUCUGUGUCCGUAUCGACCCAAACCUUGAUGGGGACCGCCGGAAUACCAUUAUCUACGAUGAUUGCAUACCGGUGCGGAAUGAACCAGACUUAGACCCCUUCGGCUGCGCCUUUCGCGUCAAGCGUACGCCAAUCACUCGGCCGGGAGGCUACGAGCUAGAUCUCUCAAAGAACCGAGUUUACUCGAUUAUCAACGAGUCCCGCACGAACCCUGUAUCCGGAAAGCCUCGUGGAUACAAGUUGCAUGCCAUCCCAAGCCAGAUGCUCAUGAUGGAUACACACACAUUCAACCAUCGCCGCGGCGUGUUUGCAUCGCGGCCAAUCUGGGUCACGCGUUACCGCGAUGAUGAGCUUUGGGCUGCGGGAGAAUUCACCAACCAGAGCCGUGAGGAUACCGGGCUAGCUGCUUAUACCGCCGGUGACGAGAAUGUCCAGAAUCAGGACGUUGUAUUGUGGCACUCAUUUGGUAUCACUCAUGUCACACGACCAGAAGACUUCCCUGUCAUGCCCGUUGAGAAAAUGUCCAUGGCAUUGAAACCUACAAGUUUCUUUGACUUGAAUCCGGCUAAUGACGUCCCACGCUCAUCUCAAACUAUGAAUAAAUCCACGCUGCAUGACUCAAAUAUUAACAGCGACAGCUCAGUCUCUUGCUGUGAAAACAGUAGCUCGGGUGCGAAGCUAUAG